CUCUCUCUCUCCUCUCUGCCGCUUUGUAAAUUUGGUCUUAGCGAUUCCCUCUCUCUCUCUCUCCCUCCUCCUUUCUCUCCGCGUCUUCUUUCUUCUUCUCUCUUUGUCGGUCCAUCUGCCUCGGCUAGGGUUUAUCAGUGAAUUUUGGCAAUGGAAGCGUCAUCGUCUCAGCCACCUGAUUCUUCUGAUCAAACUGCUUCCAAGUUUCUUACUGACCUUCCUUCUCGCGGUUUCUUGUCUUCUACCGUCGUCUCUUCCAAUCCGGGAAGCUUACGGGUCUACAUUUGUGAGCAUGACACAUCUCCCCCUGAAGGACAACAUAUCAAAACAAACCAGCAAAAUAUACUUAUCAGAUCUCUCUUGUUAAAGAAGCAAAAAGGCGAAUCUAGCUCGAAAGAGGCCAAAGGAAGUGCUGAAGAUGGUCCUAAAAAGAGGGCUGCAAAUAGGGCUCUGGACGAAAGAAACCCAGCCAAAAGAGCUGCUAAUGUAUCUAGACAAGAAGGAUCAAGCAGUCGCGCAGGCGAAAAAGAGUUUCAGUCUUUGACUGUUGAGAAACUCCGUGCCCUUCUCAAGGAGAAAGGCCUGCCAACAAAAGGAAGAAAGGAUGAGCUCAUUGCGCGGCUGAAGAGUGCCAACUGAAGUUAAAAGGGAUCAAGAUUGAGAAAACCACCUGGUGAAUAUAUGUAUCUUUAGAGGUUUCCCAUUGACAUGUGAAAAUUGGUGUUGUACUUUAUUAAAACAUAUCUUUUUGAUCUAGGGUACUUUAAUUUAUGAAUCUGGUUUGGUUUUGAGAUGAUUCAUCAAAGAGUCAUGACAUUUGUAACGUGGAUUUCAUCUUAAAAAAAAAAAAAGAGUUUAAUAA